AAGAGCCUUUCUUCAACGCCACAGUCAAGAAGUCAAGUAGUCUUCCCGAGCUUUUGGCUGUCAGCCAUGAACGAAGAAAUUCGUCUAUUGGCAGGGUUUGUUUCGCUGCCAAUCUUCAUUUGCAAUGUAAUUGGAAAUGCACUCGUCAUUGCAGUUGUUAAAAUGAACAAAAAGAUGCAAUGUCCAAAUACCUACCUGCUGUCCUGGCUCGCUCUGAGCGACUUGAGUUUUGGAUUCAUCGCCGAAACAAACAUCUAUUUAUUAGCAAAUGGCGCCAAGGGCCGUCUGUAUGGAACAUAUAUGUUUCACACUUUGCAUUCGAUUCUUAUUUUGACUCUGCUUUCGAUCGAAAGAUACCUUGCGAUUUUAAAGCCAUUUUACUACAAAGCUAAGGUUACCAAAUCUCUCGUAGCAAAACUCCUGUGGAUAAUAUUGGCCUUCACUGCAAUCGUUACUGCACCAAGUUACUAUCUACUGGGAAACGGUUAUAACAUGCUGGAAGUUUGUGCAAAAUCGAAGUUAGACGAAAUUGCCACUAUAGGUUAUUUAGCCGCGCUUCUGAUGAUCUCGAUAACAGUUCCUGGCGUUGUCAUGUGUUCUUGCUACACCAGAAUAAUAAAACAUGUCUGGUUUAGCGACGAGGCCAAAAAUGCAAAGAACAAAGCCCUUUUGAGAUCUCGGUGGAAAUUGACCAAGAUUUUCAUAGCCGCGACAAUAGUUUUCGCCGUUAGUUGGUCGCCAUCUUUUGGAAAGCUUUCUGCCAAAAGCUUUCGAUGCAGCGAACGUUUUGUACUUUACGAAGCAAUCUAUAUUUUGUUAGCGCUGUUAGGAUCCACGGCUAAUCCCAUAAUGUAUUCGUUUCGUUGUUCAGGAUUCAGACAAGCGGUGAAGGAGUUGUUCAGCAAAAAGUGCUGCAGAAAACAUCGUAUCAACUCGAGAAAAUCAAUGCCAGACAGUGUCACAGGCAGGAGACCGCGUUGUGACCAAACAAGGCAAAGUGACGUGAUACUUCUUAGUGUUCGAAAGACAUAGCUACAAACGCACGCGCGAAAUAAUUGCAGUAAAAUUGUCAAAACCGUGACCCUAAACCAGAAGGUUACAAGAGGAGCGUGGAUAGGCAACUUCCCAUGCCUUCUCCAGUUAUGACAAGGUUUGUCGAUUCGCAGCUAAUAAAGUGUACAGAAGACCAUAACAUUCCUAGAACUUAGGAUUUGCGAUAACACAAACUUCAAAACAUAACACAAUUUUCGUCACAGUCUCUAAAAAUAUCUAGUCAAAAAUUAGAUGGAUUUGGUGAUGGUACAUUUGUGUUUGAUGGACUGUUCAGCUCUUAACAGUGGCUGUGAUAAACAAUUUAUUUCUCUUAGCAAUACCACUACAUAGUCAAAGUUCAAGUCAUGAGAUUAAUUACAUCGAUCCAUCUGUAGGAGCAUUAAAAUGCAGUUCCGUUAGUAAAGACAAGCUCUUCUUCGCUAGGAAUAUUCAGAUGCAGUCCAGUA